AUGUCGCUAACCUACUUACCCUGGGCCGUUGUUUCGGCAGGCGUGGCAACUCACCUCUUCUUCUUCAAAGUGGGCGAACGCUGUCUGUACCCUACCCGCUACCUCCAAGCAUUUCUUCUCGGAUGCAUUGUCACGAGUGUGGCUAGGUCGCACUAUGGCAAUAUCCCGACCACAGAGGCUAUUGCAUUCAGCGCCAAAUAUGCGUCGCUGUAUCUGGCCGGCAUCUACACCAGCCUGGUCGUUUAUCGGCUCUUCUUCAAUCCGCUGAACAAGAUCCCGGGUCCAUUCUGGGCGCGGUUGUCUAGAUUCGAUCUCGCCUUCCGCGUCGCGAGCAAGAGAAAUACGUAUCAACAUCUGCUUGACAUGCACCAGAAGUAUGGCAAAUUCGUGCGCCUCGACCCCAACGGCAUCUCUGUCACACACCCUGAUGGCGUCGAAGUCGUCAAUGGCGUCAAAUCCAAAUGCACCAAAAGCGCAUGGUAUGGACAGGAUCUUCCGUUCAUUUCAAUGCACACGUGCCGGGACCGAGCGCAGCAUGAUCGGCGGAGACGGAUCUGGAGCCCUGCAUUCAGUGACAAGGCCCUUCGGGGUUACGAAAAUCGGGUGCAGAAGUAUAACGACCUGCUUCUCCAGAAGGUGCAAGAGUCAAAUGGCGGUGCCAUGGACGUGUCGAAAUGGUUCAAUCUGUACUCGUUCGAUGUGAUGGGCGAUCUCGCCUUCGGUGCGGACAACCAGUGUCUCGAAUCUGGGGAGAUGCACUGGGCCAUCAAGCUGCUCAAUGAUGGCAUGGACCAUCUCGGCUUGGGUCUGCCACCCUGGUUGUUUCGGCUCCUCGUAGCUAUUCCCGGCGCAGCUGCAGAUCACUUCCGCUUCGUCAGUUACUGUGCUGAACAACUUGACAAGCGGAUCAAGAUGCAAGGCAAGGUGGAGAACCAGGACAUUGCGCAUACAUUAGUCGAGCAUUUUAUCAAGUCGGAUCCAGCGGCGCAAAAGGCCCAGCUGCCCAUGUUGCAGGGCGACAGUCGGCUGAUCAUCGUCGCUGGUUCGGACACGACGGCAGCUACCCUGGUGCACUUGUUCUACCACAUUGCCACGGAAAAGGGCCUUCUCGAGCGACUGAGAAAAGAGCUGGAUGGGUUGGUGAAGCCUGACGAGAAGAUCGACUCGCAAAAGAUCCAGGAUGCCCCGCUGUUGAACGGAGCGAUCAACGAGACCUUGAGACUUCACCCGCCUGUACCGAGUGGAGUGUUUCGAAAAACACCAAAGGAGGGGGUGGAGAUUGGUGGUGUGUAUAUCCCUGGAGACACGGUGGUGCAGAUGCCGCAAUAUGUCAUGGGAAGAGACCCCGACCUCUAUCCCUCGCCCCUCGAAUUCAUUCCCGAGCGCCACUUCUCGCGCCCGGAGCUCAUGCCCAACAAGGACGCGUUCCAGCCCUUCUCCACCGGUCCCUACAACUGCAUCGGCAAGAACCUGGCGUACAUGGAGAUCCGCCUCCUGACGACCAACAUCAUCCGCAAGUUCGACGUCAGACUCGCCAACGGGGAGACUGGGGAGGGACUCCUGACGAGGACAAAGGACCACUUUACUCUCGGGUUGGCGCCUUUGAACUUGUGUUUCGAGACGAGGAGGGCAUGA